UGCUGCCCUUUGGUGCAGGCUCUGUGCCUGCUACUCUCCAUUUCCUCCCUCAAUGAACCUCUCUGGAUUAAGCGUGCAAGAAGCCCUCCUGCUCUUCAUUCUGAGGUGCUUUAGGUGCUGGAAGGCUGUUCUCAGCUCUCCCCAGAGCCUUCUCUUCUCCAGGCUGACAGCCACAACUCUCUCAGCCUGUCUUCAUAGGAGAUGUGCUCCAGCCUUACUGAUCUUAGUGGCUCUUCUCUGGACUCACUCUGACAGAACUUCUUAGAUUUCAGACAUCUACUUGCUGUGACUUCUGCCUGCCUGCUGUACCUCAUGGUCCAGGAUAUUUUGCUUGCCUGGAAGCCAAGAAUCUCCUUCCCCAGAGGACAAGAUUCUUGAGCCUGCGUGAGAUAGUAAUAGCAAGCACAGAAGUCUGUCAGAAAGACUUGCAUGGUUAAGGGAGGUAACUGUGAAAGCUGAUCAAGUGGGAAGGACUUUCCUGGUCAGUCUAUGCUGUUGAUCUCUUGGUGAUGACUGAUAUAUUUUGUUAUGGCUAAGAAACUGUUGGUGCAAAGGAAGAAGAAGGAAGCUUUAUGUGCAUUGAAAGCCAAGCAAGUCAAAGUCCCUUAUCUGUUUGUUCAUUUGCUAAUCAGCUCCUACCCCUGUUGAUCUACAAACAUCCAUGCAUAAGUACAGAUAUUUAUAAAAAGUGGGACAAAGAUGCACUGCAGGUGAGUUUAUGGUCAUGACACUUUUGAUCUUGACUAUUUCUUAUGAGAGAUUUGUAUUUUCCAACUUUUGUUAAAAAAGACAGAACAAUGUAAUACGACAUUGGUCAAAGAUCUAUUGUCAUUAAAAUGAUAUUAAUAACUAAAUGAAUUCUGCUGCUUUUUUAAUUAGAUCAUUCAAGAAUGUAAGGAUGAAAAUUUGUCAAAGAGUUAGCUUAAAUGUACUUAAAAUUGGUAAUGAAUUCUCCUUCAUUUUUCUUAGCACUUCAUGAUGCUUCUUAUUGCCAGCUAAACAUGUAGUCCAUACUAAUAACAGAAAUUUGUCGAGUUGCUAGUUAAAAUUCUCCUGCUACUGGAUCUUUCUCUAGGGAGGACACUAUUCAACAAAAUUUGAAGCUCCCUCAUGUUAAGGAGAUAAUUCUACCCAAUCUAUCCACUUCAGUUCCCUCCCUCAGUAAAAAUGACAAUAUCCUAAUACAUAAUACUUGAGAAUAGAAAUUGAAAUAAUCACUUAUAAAUUUAUCCACAGCUGACAGCUUUAUUAAUCUCUGUAGCUGUUGUCAUUUGAUAAAGAACAACAUAUGAUAAAAAUUCUGCAAAUUACCUAAUUAGGCAUUCUGCAGCAGAAGCUCUGCUAUUAUAACAACCAGUAAUCAGGUAGAAGACCAAAACAAUAACAUUUGUCUUGGAAGAGAAAAGCUCUUUGAGAAUCUUCCUAAUUUAGGAUGAUCUAGCUACAAUCAAGGAAAGAAUAAUGACUCAUCGUCAAUGGCAAUAUUCUGGCAUGCAGCUAUUACUGCUAACAGAUGAAGAAAAAUUCUUGCAUUUGACAGGAAAUCUGUUUGCAAAAAUACCCUGGAGCACAUUUGUUACAGCAUACACAUAAAUAUAUCCUAGAACCUGAAAGCAGUCUUCAUCAGGAGAGCAGGACUUGGAGGAAAGAGAUCUAACAAGGCUUUUUUCUUUCCCCUGUCUUUUGAAGGAGGAACCUAACUAAUUUCAGUAGAGAUAUCCAGUGGAAAGCCGCUAAUGCAAUUCCUUUCAAACAUUAAUAACGCCUGAGUCAGUGAUGUAUUUUGUCUAAUGGGGAUGGUUUUUAUGAGGUCAUUGUUUGGCAUCUUAGUAUGACCUAGUUGCCAAAUGUUAGGAGAAAACAGGGCUUUGGUCCUUUGAGAAACUGUGACUAAAAAUGUUUAUUUUCUUCAGUUGACAGUAAAUGGAGCCUAGGCUAAGUAGUUAACACUGCAAACACCUGAUGUUAUGUGUGAUACCUCCAGAAUGUGUUAUGCCUCUGUGUUUGCUGGUGGUAUAUAUAUAUAUAUAUAAUCUCAUUGUCAGUGAGUCACAGAUAUUAUAGUCCUUCAAUUAAUAAUUAAAUACUGUGGAAAUGAAAUCACUACAAAGUUUUGAAACUUUUAUAAAUCUGCUUUUUUUUAUGUUGGCUCUUUAAUCUUGCCUUUGUUUGCAUAAAUGGCAUCUGCUUUUCUUUUUAAACUACCUUAUUAAACUACCUUUAUCUCAAACAGUGAGCUUUUAAUCUUAUUUUUUCCUGUCCUCUUGAGGAAGGGGAGUGAGAGACAGAGAGGCUGAGAUUUCUUGGAGGCAGCUAAAGUCAACCUAUCACUAAAUCAAAGAGAGCAGUGGAUAUUUUCUAUCUUGCCUUCAGUCAGGACUUUGAGACUGUCCUCCAUAAGAUCUUCAUAGAGGAGCUGUUCAUAUGUGGGCUGCAGGAGCAGACAGGGAGGUAGACUGAAAACUUGCUUGGCCCUGAGGGUGAAGAUGGGCAGCACAAAAUCUAGAUGGAGUUCAGUGAGCAGCAGUGCUCCCCAGGGAUCAACACUGAGCCCUGUCCAGUUUAAUGUUUUCAUUGAUGAUUGGGGUUGGGGCAGGGGUAGGCUGCAUACCCUUAGCAAGUUACCCAAAGUAGUUUUUAUCCAGUGUAACCCAGAACAAAUGAGAAAUGUCAAAUAAACUAAAUAUUCCUUUAGAUAGAGUUUGUUAUUUUUUAUGCAGUGAAAAUGCGUUUAGAUAUGAAUUUCCAAAGGCUACUAUUAUUGUGGUACAUUAGUAAUGUUUUGGAGCCAAAAUGGAUAAUCCUUUUUUUUUGUUUGAUUGUUUCUAAAUCUGUUUCCACACUUGUCUGUGCAUUUUUCUCUGAUAUAACUGUGCACCUCUAUUUCAAGCUUAGUUUAGUUAAAAUCUGAAAUGUAUUGGAUGAUUGAUUGGCUUGCUGGACUUAAGUCUACCCUGAAAAUUGGCAUGACCUGACCUUGUAAUGUUCUAUCUCUCUGCCCUGUUGUAGCAAUUUGAAUGAGACCCAUAUUUUAAUAGCCAUUCAUAGUGCUCCCAAAUGCCAAACCUCCUCAGCUUGGCUAUGGCCUUUACAAUUAUGAGUGGAAUAGCUUCCUUGUGCUGAGGAAUGGCUUUUACGCUAUGCUAUAACCUGAUAUAGAUUUUGCUGUAUUUCCUUGCUUUUUAGAGCAAGAGUGAGAAAACACAUAUCACAUCAAUUAUAACUUUAUUCUUCUUCUAUCCUUACCUACUCCCACUUACACUUUAUGGCUUGAUUGUUAGGCUGUUGGUGUCUGGGCUUGUAGCAAAGUUAGGUGUUCCAGAUUCUGCUUCUCCCUUUCUUGAGCACAGCACUAACAUGGAGAUUCUGUUUCUUCAGUGUCUUUCAGAAAGGUUUUAUACCAGAAUGAAUAGCAAGCUGGGAAGGAAGCCACCCAUUUCCUUUGCUUUUGGAGCUAUUGAGAGAAGACAUUGAACAUAAAUUUUAAUUCUGGUUCCGUCCUAUCAAGAAAUUCUACCAAGAAUUUCAGUUAUAAGAAGGCUGAAAAGAAUAAUACUGCCUCUAAGAAGUACUUGUUCUACUAAUCUAUCCUCUUUCCAGUGUCUUUUUUCCAGAUAUAUCAAUUUUGCUGGCCUCUGUUAGAAGAGGCUGAGGCUGCCCCCUUGCUGCACACAUCCAAUUCCACCUGGUUUCAAUGAACCCAAUGCAGGGCACAGCUGACCUUAUCAGCAAUGAUAGUGGUGCCUCUGGGAAAAUGCAUUCAAGCAAAGGCAGAAAACACCACAUGGGCAGAGGAAGAGGAAAGAAAAACAGUGAAAAAACAGAGGGAGCACAAAAGUCAAAGGAGGAGGCAGAACUCCAUGGGAGGACAGCUUUUUCCUUACCUGUGGGUGACCUGCACCAGAGCAUGUUUAUCCUUAUACUUAGUUCAGUUUUCUUUUCAAUGAGAAAAUACCAACAUGAGCCAACCUGAAGUAUUUUACUACUCACAUAUGUUUAAUAAACAUGAUUGAAAAGCAUGAGAAAGAACAGGAAUUUUGUGGGAUCUGAAAGUAAAAUAUUGUAAAAAGUGAGCAGUGAAAAGUCUGACAAUUCCCAGUGCUCAAAGCAACAAAAAUAAUGGAGUGAAAUGGUAGCUCUUGUUGUCAUGCAAUCAUUAUCAGCUCUCUGUGGGAGUUGUGUGAAGCUCCAGGAAGCUGGAUCCCAUUCUGAAAAUUCCAGACAUGCUGAGGCAGUGUCCACGCAACAGGUACUGUUUGUACUGGGUGAAUUAGUUAAUCAGCAGGAGAUCCAGGUACGCAGAGUCAACUGAGAAGAAACUCAACUGUCAGGUUUUCUGAAGAAAACUUUCUUUAAAAUUCUCCCACUAUUGUGUUAGAAUUAUUGUGUCUUUGUGUUACUGACCUUCUAGGUGUCCACAUAAUGUGUCCUCUGACUUAUGUUUGAACUUAAUCUUGGAAAAAAGGCUGAUUAUGUGUAUUUGUAUCAGUUCUGAGUUAGGAUAAGUAAAACUUCUGCUGAAAUAAUGCAUACCUUUCACUAUGUGCUAUUUCCCCACUCUACCAUGGUACUUACUGCACUGUUUAUUUCUCUCCAGGUCACAUUAGAAUGAAAUGUGCUGUCGUCAGAAGCCAUGAAGUGCAUAAUAAAAUGCCACAUGUUGGCCCUACCAGUAACAGAUGCAACUCCAGGGCUUCAGCAAGGUGUCCUUGCUCAAACCAGAGUUGAUGCCUUGAAAUAUUAAGAAAAAUUGUCGCAUAAAAAUUAUAUCAAAAGGGAAAACAGUAACUCAUAAAUAAAAUUCCAAAUUCAAAUUCAUGUAAAAGGGUUCCAGUAAGCCUCUCUGUAAUAACUCUGGACUCAAUUUCUUGAAAAAUUCAAGAAAUAUAGCUAUAGGUAACCAAACAGAUACUAGAUUUUGGUUUCUACAGUAAAACUGUUUUCAACUCAGGGAUAUAUAUGAAAGUAAAUAUAUUAAAGUAAACACUUCAAAUCAAAACAGACAGAAGGUGUGAGCUAUUGAAAGUAUAAGGCUAUUACUAAAUUUCAGGCUAAGAUUACAGUUGUGGAUGUAUGAAUUACAAUAAGCUACUGGUAGUAAAAAAAAUAACACAAUUUAAUUAAAAUAGUUGAUUAUCUCAUGGAAUUAUAUUAGCUAAAAACUUGGAAGUUUUUUUAAGAACUUAUUAUUGCUUCCAAAAUAUUUAAGAAAAAAACAGAAGCUGCAAAGUUUUUACUGCAGUGAUCCUAUGGGUGAUGAUGACAGAAGCCCUCUUUUCAAGGGUUGUGACUUUCACAAGUGCCAAACCAAAUUUACUUCAGUUAACAUAAAAUUAAAUUAAAGUAGAUAAUAAACCAUGUGUAGAAGUGGAUCUUGAUGAUGGACUAUGAUUGCUGACUUAGAAACCAAUGUUCAGAAGUUUAUUGUAGCUGUAAUUCUCCAGGAAGAAAGGCCAGCUAACUGUUUAGGCUAUUAACCUGCAUGAGUGAAGUGCAAAUGCUUCAGCAGAAGUUCUCUGCUAACACUUCAGGAUUGUACAUAGGUUUACAAGUUGUAAGGAAGAGAUUAUUUUUGAGAAUGUUGGCAUGGGCCUUCUUGGCAAGAGUCAGGGAGUGGAAAGGAACUGAAAUGUGGUAGUCAAAACUCAUUUAAUCACAGGACCACUUUCUGAUGCAACAUAAUCCAAUAACAUGUGGUAUGAUUCCACUUCUGUCAAGUAAGGAAUUAGUGCAAAGGUUCCACAAGAAUAUGGGGAAAUACUUGUAUUAAUAAACUGAAUUAAAUAUGGUAAUGAGAAUGUCUCCUCUGCAUCUAAUAGUAUGAUUUGUUGAUGCAGAUCCAAGGACAAACUUUAUAGAAACAUUCUCAAAAGGCUUUCUACAUAGAAAUCAGCAGUAUUUUAUGAAGCAGGAUUCUAUCAGAGAUCACAUUUUGUACUCCUACUGUAUAAAAUGGACACUUUGGACAAGUUAAUGAAUGAAUGAUUAAAGACGCUACUAAAGUAGCAAAGCACAGUCAUAUUUUAACAGUGCUUUUCUUGACCUCUUAGAUGUAGAAAAAAGUUUUAUUUAAUCGAAAAAGUGAGUUUAUUACCAGAAAUGUUAACAUUUUAAAGGGAUGUCAUCAAUCUUGCUUUAUAAUAAACCAUCAAAUAUUUGUCUUGACACUUCUAUAAAUUGUUCUGUUAAUGCAAAAGUUUACGUUAGAAAAAGACAAUUAGAACACAGUUUUUAAAAGCAUGAAAUUUAAGUCCAUCAUAAAAGUAAUAAAACUGUUAACACUGUAUUGCAGUUUUUUAUUUACAAUCCAUUGUAUAAUUUGUUAAAUUAUAAGAGAAAUAUAUGGGCUACGAUUACAAAUAUCAAACUUGAUUGAAGUAGGAAGUCAUAUUACGCAACUCAAACCUAGUAAGUUUAAAAAAUAUACAUUUUAGGUGUCCUAGUUUCUGCGAAUUUAUGUAACAUCUGCCUGGAUUUUCUUAUAUUUUUUGUUACUGUAGUGUGCUGUAAUCGAAGUAUUCUUCCCUCUUAAAAGAAAACAACUAUAUAUCUUACAAUGUAGAAAAGUAAUAUUUAACUGUCUUAGAUUGCAAUGCAAGAUGUAAUUAGAAGUAUGCAUUCUAUCACCAUCUGUUGAAACCAGAUGGGGAAGUGUUCUUUAACUCUUGCAUGACCCAUUUCUCGUAACUCCAGGGGGAUAUCUUCUUUUAAUGGGCCAGCUGUUAAAACCAGGUGGGGCAGUGUUCUUUAUCUCUUCCAUGACCCAUCCUCCUUCCAGGUGAUAUCUUCUGUUAAUGGGCCAUUGAGUCUCAUUGCAUGACUGAUAAAAUUACAUCAUCCCAUUGUGAAAUGCGCCAUUCAGGGGGAGGAGCCAGGCAUUCCUACCUGGAUAUAAUCUGAGAUUUGGAGCACAGGCAGUCUUUUUCCACUGGAUUCCCAAAGGAAGACCCGACCCUUCUAGACCACCACUGGACCUUAGAAGGAAAACUACGCCUUUCUACAGGAUCACUGCUUCAACAGAGCCACAUGUGUCACUCCUGGAGGACUGCAGCCACCAUUUAAUCAGACUGCUAUCACCACCCUGACCCACAGGGUGUCAAGUCAUAUUCUGACUUUGUCUGCUUGAGCAGGAAAAUUAUUUUUUGUGAACUAACUAUUUCUAAGCUUUAAAGAACUGCUGCAGAUAAAAUUCAAGAUUUGUAGGACUUAGUUAAGAACUUAAAAUCAAUUGCUGCAAAUAAUUUUGGGAGCAGAGGAGAGCAGCAGGAGCACUGGGUAGAGGGGCUGGGUUCAGUUACGGGGUAUGGAGCUGCUGCAUGCAUGGCACGUUCGGCAGGACUUAGAGGCUGUGCGGCACGGUGAGACCAUGGCACAUGACACAAUGCAGAGAAGGACAUGACGACCUUGGAAGAUUUCAGCAAGCCCAGCUUGAGGAAGGAAAAGUAAAGGAGCAAAAGCCUUUCCUUGCAUCAGAGCGUAAUGAGCUGCCCAAAACUGAGAAAUGGAGUAGACAGAUCACUGGGGAGAUUUCUGAGAAAGUGGCACAGAUCCAAAAUGCUGGAUUGGGUGAAUUGAGAAUUCAGGACCUGAAUGAUGAAAUUAACAAACUUCUGAGGGAGAAAGGACACUGGGAAUACAUAAUACAGGAGCUGAGAGUUCCUGAUUAUGCUAGGAUUGGCCUGAAAAUGUUAGAUCACAAAGGGAAAGUAGUUCCAGGAAACAGAGUCUACAAAUACUUUGAGGCUGCAAAGGACUUGCCAGGAGUUAAAGAGCUUUUUGAAAAGGAACCCCUGCCACCCCCACGGAAGACCUGGGCUAAGCUUAUGAAGGACACUGACACCACGAAGACCCGGGUUAAGCUUAUGAAGGAUAUUGACACCGAGUACUAUGGCUACAGAGUUGAAGAUGAUGGGAUUCUGGAGCCCCUGGAGCAGGAACAUGAGAAGAAAGUUAUAGCAGGAUCAAUGGAAAAACGGAAAAUGGAGAGAGAAGCACGACUUGCAAGAUUUGAGGAGGUGGAGGAAGAAGACAUCUGUGGUAUCCGUGAAGAAGAGGCUGAUGAGGAAGGUGGCAAGGAGAGAGAUGGUAAAGAUGGCCAACAGAAAUUUAUUGCCCAUGUUACAAUGCCAACUCAACAGCAGAUUGAAGAAGCUCUUGUACAAAGAAAGAAGAUGGAGCUGCUCCAGAAGUACGCCCGUGAAAUCCUCCUGGCACAGAGUGAUGAGGCAAAGACACUUUUAGGAUUGUGACAUUGCACCAUACCUUUAUAACUGAAUGAUCCUGCAUGGAGACAAAGCCACCCAUUUCUUUAGUGGGUUUUUUCUUCUAUUUUUCAGGUUUUUCAGCUUCUCUGGCUUUUUGUUUCACACAGCUCUUUGGCUGUAUUUUCCUCACAUCUCUGGCUGUUGCUAGCUCUGGCUGUAUUUUUGCAGAUUUUCACUGCUGGGUCGGGCUCGCCUCUGGUCUUUUCCAGGUUUUUACUGUGGGGACAGGCUCUGCAUGCACUGUGCUCUUUGUCCCUCCACUCUGCCUGCAGGAAAUGGCUGUUGUCCUCACACUGAGUAACCAGGGGUUAUGACCGGGGUGUGUGGGUCACAGACAGAGACAAUAUACACCCCAGAAUUCUCAUGCAACAGCAGUGUAUUUUAUUCUCCCUAUAUCCUUAAAUAGGAGAAUUUGAAUCUCCUGGUCCAGACAGCUCAUUGGUCUGGCUUAAACACCAGCUCCUGUGCCAGUGAGAUGUCUGCAGCUUAGGGAAGAAUGUGAUUGGGUGAAGUCCCUGUAUGUAUUCAAAUCCAUCCCGUCAUAGCUCAACCCAGGGGCUGGUUUAUGGAACCAGGCUAGGUUUCUUAUUUAUAAGCAAAUUAAUUGCCUAAUACAAGCUAGCUUGUACUGUAACAUGCACCUUUAUCCACUUGUUUCAGGCUGUGUGUUUUCUGUCCCACACCACAGGACAAGUGUACCAGUGGGAAAGCAGUGGUUGUUAAUUUUCCAAAGAGUAAAAACACUGCUCAUCAUCAGUCAGUUUCUUCAAUACAUAGGGUGUUAGCCAGAACCUAACCUGAUCCUCCCUACAGGAGGUGCUCUCAUCAAAAUACCUUUGCUCCCAAACCUGGUCUGACAAAAGAGUACCAUCUUGGAUAUGACUACUUUCUGUGGUUGAGAUGGGCAUGUAUACAAGAAAUGGGAAAACUAUUUGAAUACCUUAAAGUAAUUUUAAAAAGCCUGCCAAUUUGGAGUCUAAACCAGAUUUUCUGAUGUCAAUUGAAACCCUGCUCUAGACACACACACACACACACAGAAAUCCCCUUUGAUUGCAGUCAACUUUGAAUGUGACCUUAACCCCACAGAGAUUAAUAUUUCUCAGUGUAUAAACUUCAGCAAGUUGAAAACACUUAAAAUAUUUUCCCAGAAACAUUUUCAAUGAACUGUAAUAAUCAAAAGGUUUCUUCUGACUUGCUAUGCAAUGAAUUGUCCUAUGUCAAAACAAAAGUAAAAUUUAGCUGAAUCAUGGGCUAUGUUAAACAUGUACAAUUUAUUUUUUCCUUUCUUGUCUUUAAGCAGGACCAGUAUCCUAAGAUUGCUUUUAUACAGUAUUA